CGUCAGAUUCCCUGUCGGAGCCCACAAGCUAACCUCCAAAUCCCUCUUCAACAUCCAUUCGUUCGCGCCAAAACCAAGACCCUUCGCCUUCUCCAAGCGCAAACUCACCUGCAAAGCUCUCCAAAAGACCGAGCUCAGCGUCAGGGAGGAGGGAAAGCCUGAAACCCUAGAUUACAGAGUCUUCUUCCAUGAUUCUACUGGGAAAAAGGUUUCGCCUUGGCAUGAUAUUCCUUUGAAAUUGGGGGAUGGAGUGUUUAAUUUUGUGGUGGAGAUCCCAAAGGAGAGUAGUGCGAAGAUGGAGGUGGCGACGGAUGAGGCUCAUACUCCAAUUAAGCAGGAUACGAAGAAGGGGAAGCUGAGAUACUAUCCGUACAACAUAAAUUGGAAUUAUGGAUUGCUUCCACAAACAUGGGAAGACCCAUCUUUUGCAAAUGCUGAAGUUGAUGGAGCGUUUGGUGACAAUGAUCCGGUUGAUGUUGUUGAGAUAGGUGGAGCUCGAGCGAAGAUUGGUGAUGUUCUCAAGGUCAAGCCUUUGGGAGCACUGGCCAUGAUUGAUGAAGGGGAGCUAGACUGGAAGAUUGUUGCAAUUUCAUUGGAUGACCCUAAGGCUUCCCUCGUAAAUGAUGUGAAUGAUGUUGAGAAGCAUUUUCCGGGCACUCUUACUGCAAUUAGGGACUGGUUUAGAGAUUACAAGAUUCCAGAUGGAAAGCCUGCCAACAAAUUUGGUCUUGACAACAAGGCAGCUGACAAGAUGUCACUCCCUGCUAAAGCUGCAUCUAUGCAAGUUCCUCAAAUUGAAAAAUCACAGCCCAAGAUCUCAAAGAAGAAGAAAGAGAAGAGAUCGAAGAAUGACAGAAACAGUGAGAUCUCAUCAAGAAACAGCGAAGACCCGUACCAAAUUCUGAAAUAUCCUGUAACAACCGAGCACGCCCUAAAGGAGCUUGAAACUAACAACACGCUCGUCUUCGUGGUUGACAAGCGAGCAGACAAGAAGAAGAUCAGAUCAGCAGUGGAGAAAUUGUACAGCAUCCAAACAAAGAAAAUUAACACUUUGAUGAGGCCUGAUGGGAGUAAGAAAGCGUAUGUGAUAUGCAAGAGUGAUGUCUCAAAAAUAUUUGGUUUCGUGUAAAAUUUUCUGAGUUGUAGCGUGUAUCAAUAUUUUUGUUAAGAGAUGGGAAUGAGGGGAUUGAAUCUCUUCGCCUUCAAGUUUGAUUUUGGUUUCUUGGUC